GCAACAGGUUUUGUCCAUCUCGUUUUCCGGGACUCCUCCUCUCUGAUGACAUCACAAGGUUCCUCCGCCCGUGAAGUGAAGCGCUGGACUCACAAUCAGCCGCAUAUAACGGUGCCGUCCUCAAUCACCAAGUAACACUACUGCAACUGCACAAAAUUCUAUGGAAGGCCACCCAUCUCUUACACUGGAAGCGAACAAUGGAAAGAAAAACCUGAGUGAAGUUCCUUAGGAAAACACACCAUGGCUGCCCAUCGCAUUCGAACAGCAAACAACAACACUGUGCUCCCUCGCUGCAAAUCUGAGGGCACACUGAUUGAUCUCAGUCAAGGCGUAUCAGAGGCUACCCUCACAGAUGUUAAAGUGCCUUCACCUAGUGCCUUACGACUGGAUGCUACUGCCUCAUUUGCCACUGUCAGGGAAGUCAUUGCCAUUAAGGAUUACUGUCCUUCAAGCUUUACCACUCUGAAGUUCUCUAAGGGAGACUGUCUUUAUGUUCUGGAUACAUCUGGUGGAGAGUGGUGGUAUGCACACAACAGUAAAGAGAUGGGCUAUAUCCCAGCUGCCUACGUCCAACCAAUCAAUUAUCGAGAUUCCUCAUUCAGUGACAGUGGCAUGAUUGACAGCCUAGGUGAUAUUUCUGAGGGAGCCAAAGAAAUGGACCUCUCUGGGGAGUGGAAAGGGUCUUCAAAAGCCACAGAAUCUCAAAAUGGAAAACCAUUUGUUAAUAAACGGAUGUCUACUAACCCUUUCCUAAAUGAUGCACUUCAAAGCACAGCUGACCAAAACAGUAACCAGAAUUCUGCAAGUGUUUUGUUUUUUGAUAAUCUCUCCCCUUCUAUAUCAAACACUAGCAGCACUAUUAAUAUAAAUGGCUUUGGGAGCGGGCUACUUGACACAAACAUUUUCAGCCGCAGCUCAGGGAUUGGUCCAAAUCUUCGCAGAGACAACCCAUUUUUUAAGAGCAAGCGUUGCUACAGCAUGUCAGAACUGUCGGUCCUGCAGUCCUUGUCCGAUGGACCUCAAGCGUCCUUAAGUUUUUUUGGUGGCAUGAAAUCACCCAAACCUGAGCAUUAUCAGAGUCGAGAGGAUUUCAAAACGGCAUGGUUAAACCACCGUAAACUUACACGAUCCUGCCAUGAUCUGGACUCAAUAGGACAAAACCCAGGCUGGGGGCAAACCCAGCCCAUAGAGACCAACAUCGUGUGUAAACUGGACAGCUCUGGUGGUGCCGUACAGCUACCAAAUACCAGUAUCAGCAUACAUGUCCCUGAAGGCCAUGUUGCACCAUGUGACACUCAACAGAUAUCAUUGAAGGCCCUACUAGACCCACCAUUGGAGCUCAACAAUGGUAGAUGUACUACUGUAAGUCCAGUGGUGGAAGUCAAACUCAGUAACAUGGAAACCAAGACCCCUGUCACUUUAGAGAUGAAAGUGUCUGUUGUGGUGAAGAUAGAGAGCCGCAAAACGGCCGAGGUGGUGUGUGUCAGAAGUGACUGCAAGGAAGGGCCUUAUGUCCCAAUUCCACAUGUAUACAUGUAUGGAGACACAGUCCAAGUAACUCUGGACAAUUUAGAGCCAUGCAUGUACAUUUCUGUGGUUGCCCAAGCCCAGGUGGUGGCCCCAUACAACACAGUCUGGGAACAUGUUGUAAAAAAGGUCACUCUUGGGGUGUAUGGGCCAAAACACAUUCACCCAUCCUUUAAGAUGGUGGUUGCCAUUUUUGGGCAUGACUGUGCCCCAAAGACAUUGAUAGUGAGUGAUGGAAAAAAGCACUCACAGUCUACUCUACCUGUCAUCCUGCAGCUCUGGGGGAAGCACCAGUUUGUCCUUGCAAAACCUCAAGACCUUCAGGUUGGUGUGUAUUCUAACAUGUCCAAUUUCGAAGUGAGAGCCAAUGAACAAGCCAGGACUGUGAGGGGUUUUCAGAUCAAACUUGGCAAAGUGGGCCGUCUUGUCUACAUGAUUGCAGCCCGUGAUCCUGCAGACAUUUCAGACUUUACUUUGCGAAUUCAGGUUAAGGAUGAUAAUGACUGCAUCCUUGCCCAGUUCUGUGUUCAGACCCCACCGCCUCCACCAAAGACAAACACAAGGAUCUCUGUGAGACGUUUCCUAAAGAAAAAAGAAGUUAACAAAAUUGUAUUGUCUCCUCUUGUGUCAACUGCAAAGUACCCUGUGUUUCAGGACAGACUUGUCAAAAACCUGAAAUUUGCUAAGUUGCUUAAAACUGUUAUAAGGCAGUCCAAAAGCCAGUAUUUGCUGGAGUACCUUAAAGGUGAUGUAGUGGCACUUCUGAGUGAGGAAAAAAUAAAACUCAAAGGACAUUUAUGGACCAAAGACUGGUACAUUGGAUACUAUCAUGGAAGAAUUGGAUUGGUCCAUGUUAAAAAUAUUCUUAUCAUGGGAAAAGUGAAACCUCCACAUAACCAAGGGCCUGAUCUUACGACUGCAAUACUUUUAGAGCAGAUCCUCAAGCCCUGUAUGUGCCUGACUUACAUCUACGCAUCAGUGCGGACAAUAAUGAUGGAAAAUGUGGCGAGUUGGAGAGCUUUUGCUGAUGCCCUGGGCUAUGUCAACCUACCUCUGACACACUUCUGUCGGACAGAGCCAGACAGUGAGCCUGAGAAAGUUGCUUCUGUUCUUGAGAGGCUUAAGGAAGACUGCAAUGCAGCUGAGGGCAAGGAGAGGAAGUCUUUCCAGAAGGAACUCAUGAAGGAAAGGAUCUUUUAUGACCAUCUAAUCGACCUGUGGGUGAAGAUGCCGGAAGACAUGAAUGUAUUGAUGGAGAAUCUAAGUUGUGCAGAUGUUUCCUUUCUUAUUGUUAGCGUCUAAACAGAAGCAUCAAAUAUGGAACAAGAGGCGCCCUAAACUAAACAAACCACCUCCACACCUACAAAACCCCUGCUGGGGGACUGCAAACAGACAUGGAUCUGUAAUUCUCUGCACAUUUUAAUAAAUGACUUUUUAUAGAAGAUAUAUUUGCAUUUUAUAUCAGUAAAAUUUCCAUAGUUAAUACUUUAAUUUUUACCCUGUCUUAUUCUUUAGCCUGAGUUUUAAUUGUGGUCAAUUUACAGACAUGCUUCUGAACCAAGAAGAACUUAAGUGAACUGUUCUGAACUUGUUUUGACUGUUUGAUUCCUUUGUAUCCUCCCAUGUCCCAUAGCAGAUUGUUAGAACAGAAAGAGAGGUUCUCUUUAAAACAGUGAUUUCUGACCUGAGUUUAUAAACAGAGAUAAGCAGACUGAAUGGUCAGCUCUUGUGAAGGGGCAUGCAAGAGGAAAGAUGAGUACUAUUAUGAAUUUAGAUGUUGAAGAAGAAGAGUUAAAAAGAGAAACAUAUAUAGCAUUCAAGUAAUGUGCUGAAGAAUAUUUCCUAUUAGAAUGUAAGCUAACACACUGUUAAAUCUAUCACAAAACAUAACAAAUGUUAUGGCUUGAUUUGCUCAGACAGUAUUUAAGUGUAAUAAAUUAAAGCUUAGUUCAACUGGUAGUGCAUGGCACUAACAAUGCCACGGUCACGCAUGUACUAAAAAAACUUAGAGCUAGAAUUUAUUCAAGUUGCUUUUGGAUACAAGCCAAAUGCAUACAUGUGAAUGUGUAAAAUAAAGCUAGAUACUUAGGUUUAUUUGUAAAUGUAUACAUAUAGCCUUCCUUUGUUCUCUUGUUAUACUUUUAUUCUUUAACUUUUUGUUAAACUCAUACAGAUUUCUGGUUUUGGUUAGUUUCAGUUUAAAAAUGCACUGUUAAGUGGACUUGUAGGUAAAGCAUUUCACUGCCUAUUCACCAUGUGUGUAUGAGACAAAUUGUGACUUUGAUUGGUUGAGUUCAGAAUGUUCUAAUGGGCUACAAAUGUCUCAGUAUGUGAUUUUAGAGCAUUUUGUGCUUCCACAGAUCAGCUUUUCAGAGCUCAAAUCAACAAGUAACACCUCGUUGAAAGAAUGUUUACAGUUGCCCAGCAAAUUUAGUGGUGUCUUAAGCCAGGGAUUUUCAAACUUUGUAAUGCCAAGGACCCCCAAAUUUAAUGAUCCCCUUGCGAGGGACCCCCUCUGUGAGAAAAGUAGUAACCAUGAUAUUAUAAGGACGUCUUGUUUGCAAAGUUAAAUAAUUGGCUUUUAUAUUGUCAUAGUACAAAAGUAAACAAAACAAACAAAAAUAUUAAAAUAUUUUGGGGAAAAUAUUUGCUUUAUAUUAAGUUUACAGUGUAUCUUUCUUAUUCUGGAGUAAUGUUAUACUGUAUGUAUAAACCCAAAGAGAAAGAUUUUUAAUUCAAUUCAGUUAAAAAAAUUAUAUUUUAAAUAUUCAUAUUUAUUGUGAAAAAAGUGCUUUAUAAAUAAAUUUGUAAAUGUAUACAAUAAAACAAUAAAUAUUGUUUUAAAGCAGCUUUACAGAGAAUAGUGUAUUACAACCCUUAUUUUUCACAAUUGAUUUUUAAAUAUGAAAAAUAAAUUAAUAAUCAUGAUUAAUCUAAUGAUUUCAGAAUGAUUUAAACUUUUUUCAAAGAAAAUUUCCCUGCACCCCCUUGUGGCCCCCUGGGGGUCCCCAGACCCCAGUUUGAAAACCCCUGUGUAAAGCAACAAUGAAGAGAAGGAGAUAGAAUACAAUGAUGACAACUUGGCAUAUUUGUUUGCAAAAUAAACAAAUUGUUAGGGAAUAACUGUCAUUAGAAUAAUUAUCAACACUUGAUUUUUUACCAUUCAAUUUGAAAGUGAUCACAAUGUUCUGUCUGCUAAUUUCAUACCAGUUAGAAGAACCUGAAUGUUCUAGUUCCGCUUGCGAUGCCACAGUUAACUUCCUUGUAUAACUGUAUACUUUAUGACAUCUACUGAAUAAUAAUUUGGGAUUCUGUGAUAGUCAAAAGUCUGAGCAGACAGGGUCUAGAGGCACGAAAUAUUGUUGGACUUUCUGUUACAAUUCUGACUUUGUAGGGUUUACUUAAUAAGUUCCUGACUCCUGUUACAGGGGGAAGAGGUGAUGCAUGAAAGGCCUUAUCUUUCUUCUGCUAAUGCACACAGUCUGUGUUUACACAGUGUGACACAUUCACACACAGUAAGCUUUCUGGACACUCUCACUACAUUGAGGACCACGUUUCACAAUGUAAAGUGUGAUUUUUUUAUUUUUUAUUUUUUUAUUUUUUUUAAUGGUAAAUACUGUCUCCUAUCCUGUUGUGUAAUAUGCAGAAAAAAAACAAUAAGUAAUCCAUUCGUAGGUUGAUUUUACUUAAAAGUGUUUAUACUGUGGUGCUAUCAAAACAUUGUUCUGUUUGCUUGAGCAUCCCAACCAGCCAGACAGCAACAGUGUUUGAGACUUGAUUAUCUGUCUAACAAAUGGCAGAUAGAUGGAGUGUUCAAUAAACCUGCUUGAAAAUGUUUAUUUUUUUUUUUUUUUUUUAUUUUUUUGCAAUUCUUCAUCAUUAAUACAACAAGCUCAUAUCUGCACCUCGAUACAUUGAAAUGUACAGUGAUUGGGGGUACGACAGGUUUGGAGUGUUAUUUGUGCUGAUAGCUUUCUGUUCUUGUAGCAUAGUCAGUUUGUUUAUACAGCUUCUUUAUCAUGCAUGUGUAAAGUUGUCCUUUUUUAAACACUGACUGAACAUACAAGCCAUACAAGGAGUGGUGGUGGUGUAGUGGACUAAAGCACUGAACUGGUAAGCAGAAAGUUGUUGGUUUGUUCCCCACAGCCACCACCAUUGUGUCCUUGAGCAAGGCACUUAACUCCAGAUUGCUCCAGGGGGAUUGUCCCUGUAAUAAGGGCACUGUAAGUUGCUUUGGAUAAAAGUGUCUGCCAAAUGUGUAAAUACAUACCUUCCUUGUUGUUGUCAUAAGAACAAGCAUCCUUUAAAUAUCAGGCAAACCAUCCAAGACUAUCCAAGAAUGCUAUCUCAUUCCUUUCUUUAGAGCUAGUCAUUUAGCAGGUCUUCUGGGGCAUCAGUGCUGUGUUCCUCCCCCUCUGUCUCUGAGCGGACUUCCUGUCAUUCCAAGCAUUCCAAGGCAUGGAACUAGAAUCAGAGAUUAGUGGGUUUAGGGCGUGUAAUGUGUGCUUGUGAACACUUGCUGCUGCUGUGUGUCUGUGCAUGUCUAUUUGAAUGGAUGAAGAACACCUGCACUGUUGUACUAAUUUGAGUUUGAAUACUGAAUUAGAUUUAAUGAUGGCAUGCACACAGAUUGCCAUGAUUCUUUGUUGUAUAAAUAUAAAGCACUACCAAAGUGUGAAUGUCACAAUGACAUCAACAGAUAUGCAGUUUCAGGCAUUUAGAGUAGAAUGGUGAAUGUCGUAUUCACGAAGCGUAGAGAACAUAAGUCCACAAUUAGUUUUUUAAAUGUCACAAUCAAACUUUCUUGAAGAAAAAAAGGUCACAUUAAUGAGGCAGAAAUUUGCCAACAGAACAACCGGAUAUUCCUCCCAAACAUUUUCCAUUGUUCGAGGGCCCGGAUUUGCUUUAUUAUAUUGUGCUCAUAAGAGCCUACACGUCGCUUCCUCCCUGCAUUUCAGCAUAUUUAUCAAAGCACCCUGCAUGAUAAUUUGAGCUCUUGAUUGGUCCAGUUUUUCUAAAAGGGAAAGUUCACCCAAAACUGAAAAUGUUGUCAUCAUAUACUCACUCUCAUGUUGUUCCAAACCCGUAUGGCUAUCUUUCUUCUGUGGAACAUAAAAUGAGAUGUUAAGCAGAAUGUUAGCCUCAGUCACCAUUCACUUUCAUUGCAUAUUUGUCCAUACAAUGAAACAUCUCCUUUUGUGUUCCAUGCAAGAAAGGUGAGUUAGUGAUGACAGAAAUUUCAUUUUUGGGUGAACUAUCCCUUUAAACUACUUAGCAAAAAAAUGGCAAAACCCUUCUUAAUUGUGGAAGACAUUUUAUGGGAUUCUGAAAGCAGAAUAAGAACACACAAACUUCCGCAAACUACAAGGCUGGUUUGAGAUGAGACAGAGCAGUUGGUAUAACCUGCAGUAAUUUACUUUAAUUUAGAAGAUUUGGUUUGAUGGCUUUUAACUGCACCAUAUACAGUAACUGAGCACUUUAUUCGGAACACUAUGGUCCUAAUAAAGUGUCCGACGUGAUCUUCUUCUGUUGUAGCCCAUCCACCUCAAUGGACAACGUGUUGUGCAUUCUGAGCUCUGAGCUCGAACCAGUCUGGCCAUUCUCCGUUGACCUCUCUCACCAACAAAGCGUUUCCAUCCGCAGAACUGCUGCUCACUGGAUGUUUUUGUUUUUGGCACCAUUCUUCUGAGUAAAUUCUAGAGACUGUUGUGUGUGAAAAUACCAGGAGAUCAGCAGUUACAGAAAUACUCAAACCAGCCCAUCUGGCACCAACAAUCAUGCCACUGUGGAAAUCACAGAUCACAUUUUUCCCCAUUCUGAUGGUUGAUGUGAACAUUAACUGGAGUUCCUGACCCGUAUCUGCAUGAUUUUAUGCAUUGCACUGCUGUUACAUGAUUGGCUGAUUAGAUAAUCACAUGAAUAACUAGUUGUAUAGGUGUUGCUAAUAAAGUGCUCAGUGAGUGUACUUGCAUAGACAUGAAUUUCAUCAUGUGACAGUUUCUAUCAGCUGAUUUUUUUUUGGCAUGAUCAUUUUGUUUGAGCAUCCUUGGGCAUUGUAACCAGUAUUGCUUGUCUGGUUCUCACAUUGACCAUCUGCCAAAAAAUAAUAUUUUUAUAUCGAACUUCACAAGUAAUAACUGCAUUAAAAAAUUCAGCAUUAUCAAAUUUCUGACUAUAUACAGUAGAGUGCACAUUGGCUGAGGAACUAUGUGAUAAUAAAGAGAUGGUGUAACUGUAUCUAUC